AUGGAUGGUCGGUCCUGUCGAAUACCCCGAAUGUAUAGGGUAGUCGGCGCCAACCUGGUGUCGGCACUCCUCUGCGUCCUUCAGUUUACCACCCACAGCUAUGCGCAAAUACCCUAUACGCCAUCGAGUCUCUUCUACCCUCCUCAGCAAAAUGUCCCGUUUGCUUACCUACUGCGCCCGGCCAAUGCGGACCGGCCUCAAACGGAGUUCCUCUCGAUGAAUGUGUUGGAGAAGGUCGACGCUGCCGACCCGUCAUAUACGGUUCUACUUGACAAGGUGCCAUUCUACGAUGAGGGUGAGAUAUCGGCCUAUAUUGGGGCCGUUGACCAGAAUGGCAUAGUGAAGGUUUACACAGGUGACUGUUGGGAAUCGGGGAAUACGCCUAUGGUAUGGACUUUCGAGCCCAGUUCAGACAGUCCGACGGGCAACGGAACGUGGCAGAAGCUCUCCGUACGUGGAGAAGACGGACAGAGAGGUGCUAUUCACGGACCGAACUAUCUGUCAGCUGGAUUCACGUACUCUCCCUCUAACAUAACCGAGAGCUCUCUUUUCGCCUUUGGUGGAAUGUGCCCAUAUCAGGGCAACAGCGGUAACUCAUGGAUCACUGCCGCGAACUACUCUCAGUCUAUGACGGUUUUGGAACCUGUUAGAGAAGACAAUUUCUACCAAGGCUCAACUACAGGCGAAAGGGCACCCCCGAUUCCCGAGGCAGGCUUUACCAUCACACCCCUUCAAGCCACAUACUCUUACUCUGAUGAUGAGCAACGGCAACAGCAGAGUUUCCUCCUCAUCGGCGGGCAUACCCAACAGGCAUUCAUCAACAUGUCCGAGCUAGCUAUCUUCUCAGCCCCACAGAACAGCUGGAGUUUCGUCACUGUUGAUUCUGCCACCGACACGCAGAGGACAGACCUCGCAUUUCGCGACGCUGCUGUUAUCGAGCCUCGUUCUGGCCACACUUCGGUCCUCUCAUCGGACGGAAGCAAGGUGAUUGUCUUCGGUGGCUGGGUGGGAAAUACCAGCAUCCCGGCCGUACCUCAGCUCGCUGUUCUUGAAAUAGGGGGUGGCUUUAGUGGCGCCGGGGAUUGGGCCUGGAAAAUACCCUCAAUGGAAGACUCUGGAAUUCCUGACGGGUCAGGGAUAUAUGGCCACGGCGCAACAAUGCUUCCAGGGGGGAUUAUGAUGAUUGCAGGAGGGUACGAGAUGACACAACUAUCCAAGCGAUCCGAAGACGGGCCACAACUCAACUCAAGGAUAAUCCUGUACGAUGUUGACUCCAACACCUGGCCUUCUACAUACGAAAAUCCAAACUUCAUUGGCUCCGCUGGCUCAACUUCCUCGAAACAAAGUUCUUCCUCUCGAAAGGCAGGCUUGGGUGUGGGCAUUGGUCUGGGCAUUCCAGCCGCUGCUGGGAUUGCGCUCUUCGCCUUCUAUCACUACCGCAGACGUAGGGUGCGCCGGACGCGUGACAGUGAGAUUCGCCAAUUGGCAUUGGGCGCACAGAGGGCUCAUUUCUGGGGGAGAGAAGACUCGGAACUGGCAAGCAGUAUCCGAAAUCCUCCUUCGAUGAGAGACUCCUUCAACAGCGACUACCCCUGGGGCAAUAACAAGCCUCGGAGCCUUGGUAAAAAGCCCAGCUGGAAGGACAAUGGGGAUGCAGCUGCGGAGAGGACCGGGCUGUUAGGCGAUGUCCACAUGUCCAAGAAACUUACACGACCUGCAUUGAACGCUGGUGUUUACCGGCCUCCGUAUCGCGACUAUAGGAGAAGCGACACUCCCGGUAAUAUCCACCCUAUUGACGAGCGCGAAGAGGACGAAGUGGAACGGAUAAAUACGCGCGAUACAGCCGAGACAACUACAGAGCAGGUAUUCGUCACAGCUCGAAACACACAGAUAGAUGGCACACACAUUCUCGGUGUAUUGCCUGAGCAUUCUGAAGUUGUGGUUGGAGCAGGAGGAGAUAAUAACGGCGCUUUGCCACCUGAGAAAGAUGAACGGACAUCGUCCAGUCUUUCUGACUCCUCGACAUCGUCGAAAUCCGCCAAGUCAGCCCGCGUCUCUCGAAUAGUAUCAAACAACGCGUCGACUUUGCGUGCAGACGAGGCCAACUCGUUGGACAAACUUGUUUUUGUGUCCGGUCACAAGAGGGAUGCUGUUCGCAGCCAAGAUAGCUCAACAUCAGCGGCUUCGUCGUUUGAGAAACGUUACUCAUCCGACUCAUACUCUACCGCGCAUUCGACACUAACUCAACGGCAAGCAGAGGGCGAAUAUCUCCUUCGCGAAGACCCGGAGUCAUCACACUUCCUAGAUCUUUUCAACAGCAAGCCAACUAUCUCGACGCGACCCAGAGCAUCAGAGUGGAUUGGGGGCAUACGACGAGUUCUCUCGAUAACACGGAAGCGACCGGCCACGCACGAAAGCUCAAAUACCGUAACUCGCGCAUCCGGCAUUGACGGUAGAAAUACGGUUAUCGGGUUACCUACAGCUACAGUGGGAGGGAAACUUCCUCGCAGAUCCGUGAGUGCAUCGGCUGAGUUAUUCAGACGAAAGCAAGGUGCCAAGGACUGGGGUGUGAGUAAUGGGCACGAGUCAGGUUUCCGGACUGCCCGUUCAACUCGCGACGAUUUUGGACUUAUGGAACUUGACAAUGACGAGGACUGGGACGUUGAGGGAGCCGCCGAGGGCCGCCGAGUGCAAGUCACUUUCACUGUUCCGAGAGAGAAGCUGAGGGUCGUCAAUGCUACGGCGAGUGAUAUGGACAAUCUGUCUGUAAACUCGGUUAGUCGCAGCAACAGUUCAUCGUAA